AUGUGUUAUCUACUCCGCCUGCCGACUGAACUGCUCGUCUUCAUUUUUGAACUCCUAGAUGAUCUAGACGAUGCCCUGCAUCUUGCACGCUGCUGCAAGUCUCUGUACUAUACCUUUAACCCGUCUAACACUCGACUGAAAAUCUUCAGAUCUAUUAUCGAGAAUGCGGACCAUCAUGUCUUUGACCUUUUACUAUGUUUUCUAGCUGGACUAAAUGAAAGAUUUGCUCUGUACGACAAAUCACCGAUUCCGAGACGCCUGUCGUAUCGAAAGGAGUUCUUUGCACAGCAUUUAGCCGUGCGAGAUCUUCCCGCUGCAGCAAUUUGGGAGAUUGUAUGUCGGUGGCAUGCAAUGCGGCUCCUUUUUGAUUUGUACUGCGACACAUCCGUACGAAGAUUAUACUCCCUGUCAAGCUGGGAGGCAAGUGAGGAAGGAUGGGCGGGAGAGGAUCCUCUUCCACCACCAGCUAGGUCCACAUGUGAUAAUUUCAGACAAUUGGAUCCAAAACAGAGGCAACGCUCUUAUCAACGAUUUUACCAAGCGCUAACGGGACAUUGGGCUAUGGUGGAAAAGCUGUGGGUCGCAAGAGUAUCUGUCUAUCAGUCACCAGAUGAUCGUGAUAAAAAUCACGCACGAAUCUGGGACAUGUGGACCAACACCGCUCGGUCAAUGCAGGAGAAGAUAGAUAUCGUUGAAGUAGUCGACUUUGUCUGGGGCUUUCUUGCACGCAAAAACUUUCAUACCCCUUCCUUUGCUGCUUGGCUGGAAGGCGAAGGAGAAGAGAUCGUGAGGCAGUACCGCGAUCUUGAUGAAACAGAAGACUGGAUAUAUUUUGUCGCGUGUGUUACAGAGUUCUUACGACCGCCCUAUAUUAUUGAACUUUUAAUCCUGUCAACCUGGUCAUCCGGUUGUCAUCCCUGGAAACUUGAUCGGCCUGCGUAUCUUCGUCGAUUAGGAUUUUUUGAUACCCGAGAUGGAGUUGUUGAACACAAUGACCGAAUAUGUGUGAUUGAUCCCGCUUUUCCCGUCACAAUAGUUGAGGGAGACGUGGAGAAUGAAUUUCGUAGAUUAGACCGGGAUAAUAGUGGACAAUCCGAUAUAACAACGAGAAGUGAUAGUCAGACUGGCUUGGUAUCAAAAUGGACAUACUACAUAAGAGCGAUGUGGUCCCAGAAUGAGAGAGGCCGGUUACUUUUCCGAGAUGAAGAUUGUCAGGCAUUUGUUGACCGGAUUCGGAGCAUGCACCUUCAUUGA